CUCUGUCUCCCCACUCUGUAAUAUCAAUGCUAACUAAAUGAAGUAUUCCAGAUCCAGAGACGCGACCUUGACGCUGAGAAACCUAGCCUCAGCUGAGAGAUGUGCCCCGAAGAGAACCGACGGGGAUGCUGGCUUACCGCCUCCUAACGAGAGAUCCGGAACCCAGCCUACGUCGCCAGAGAAACUACGGCAACGUCAUGCAGCUAGGAGGCUAUUCAGAGAGUCACUUAGCCAGCCGCACGUAGUGCUGGGGACGCCAAUUCCACCAACCCAACAAAGCACGCGACGUUUCCGUGCUCUAGCUCCCUCACCUCCCGUGCAGCCAACGGCCCAUCCAAUAGCCUCACAUUCUGACCCAUCUACUGUCCGAAGCAGCACAACUGGUUUGGGUUACUCUUACUUGGCUGCUAGGUUCCACAAGGGCGGGAAGGACUCGCAAGAUGAACCCUCCAAGGCCGUGGCGAGGGCCAAGCAGGCCGCUAUCCAGCGCGACCAUCGUUCACGACGCCGUGUAGGGGAGACUGUGUCACUGACUCCCAUCAUAUCUCAACUCGGCGUCAUUGGAGAUUUUGAGGGUCCUGGAGAAGGUAUCCUUGUCCUGUGGUCCCAGUGGUUUGUUCGGGCUAACCACGAAACGUAGAUGCGAGUCAAGACCGACUACAGCCGAGUGAGCUUCUAGGUGGGGAUGAGAUAAGGAAGGAAGGAGAUGACAGGGGCCAGUUCUCUGAGUCCGAUAUUGAUGCUGAGGACUACUUUAACUUGCUGCUUUCACCUGCUCGACCACGGAGGUACCUCAAACAAUUAGGGGUAGAGU